CUCGUAUCUCUGGAAGGCUCAAGGCUGGGCGUGCGCGCACCCACCGCGUCGUCUCCAUGCCGACCAGAUCCCGGAAGCGCUUGGAUCGGCUUAGUUUAGCUCCCGUGCGAGCGGAGCGACAACUGAGCGAGGGAGGGCACGCCGACUUUGUUUUAUUUCUGUGUGUCAAAGAUGUCGACGCGAGACGAAAACGGCGACAAAAUAAAGAAAGAGCAGGAAAAGGAGGAGGAGAAGCAGCUCUGCCGGAAGAAAAAGAAGGAGAAACACGAGCGGGCGCACACGCCGGAAGUGGAGCGCAGCGACUCCGUCUUACUGCGCGGGAUCUUCAAAGUGGGCAAGAAGAGCCACGACGUCCUUCUGACCGGCACGCGACUCACCUGGACCCCCAUCCUACCCGAGAGCCCCGCAGGCAAAGCACGGCCGCUGCCGCCGCCCGGCGUGCUGAUGCUACGCGACGUCUUGGCGGCAAAGGUGAAGCGACGGCGGGCGGCGGGCCAGAGCUCCGGCGGCCCCGUGCUGGGCUUGGCUUUGUUCUACUGCGUGCGAAAGGGCCGCAGACUGGAGGAGGACACGCUGCACCUUCACAACGCGUCUUCGGAGCACACGCACGCCUGGUACAACACCCUGAAAGAGCUCCUUGCAGGUUUUAGCGGUCGACCCCGGCGCGUGAAGGUGUUCAUCAACCCCAGCAGUCACAGGAAGGAAGCGGUUCACAUCUACAGAGAGCACGUGGCGCCCCUCUUCAAGAUGGCCGACGUCUGCACCGACAUCACCGUGACGGAGAGGAAGGGGCACGCCCUGUCGGUGAUGACGGAGCUCAAGACGGAGGACUUUGACGGAGUGGUGUGCGUAGGCGGCGACGGUUCUGUGGCCGAACUUUGCCACGCCGUGGUUCUGCGAGCCCAACUGGAUGCCGGCUCUCCCGCCGUCCCCGUCAGAGCGCCUCUUCCUCUAGGGAUCAUCCCGGCAGGUUCCACGGAUGCGGUUUCGUGUUCCGUCCACGGAGUCAGAGAUCCGGUCACCGCCGCCAUGCACGUUGUCCUCGGUCACGUCCAGCGCGUGGAUAUGUGCAGCUUCCGGCGCGCGGAUCAGCCGCCGCGCUUCGGCUUCUCCGCCAUGUGGGGCUUCGGGGCGCGCGUCUUGGCUCGGGCCGAGAAGAAGCGUUGGAUGCCGUCGGCGCGGCGACGCGACUACGCCCUACUCAAGACGCUUGCCGGCUUGAGACCCCAAGACUGUCAGCUGUCCUUUGUCACCGACCGCGCCGACGACACCGCGGAGCGGGUCGAGGAACAAGAUGGCGACUCGGAGUCGUGGAGCACCGAUCGGGGCCCGUACCUGAGCGUCAGCAUCAUGGCCAUCCCCUGUCUUAGUCCUCACGCCCCCCGAGGACUGGCGCCGAACACCCGACUGGCCAACGGGAGCGCGGCAUUGAUCGCCGUGCGGGACACGUCCAGGUCGGAGUUUGUCAAACACCUGAAGAGGUUGAGCGCCCCCGCCGGCCAGUUGGACUUCUGCUUCGUGGAGGCGCACAAGGUGACGGCAGUGAGGCUCCGGCCCCGCGGUCCGACGGGCCGCUCGGAGGACGAGAGCGAGGACGACUCCAAGGCCGCGCCCGUCAUCCAUUCGUCGGCCGGCUUCCCUUGGAACGUCGACGGCGAGCUGCUGGAGAUCCCCGACGAAGUCCUCGUCAGGGUUCACCCGCAACUCAUCGGCUUGUACGGCGAGGACGUGGACGAGGCCGAGUCCGGCGCGUCCUGCGGCUGCCUGUGACGGCGACCCGAGCGCUCGCCGUUCGCCCUGCCUCGACUUGACCCUCCUCUAUCGCCGCCACCGCGUUUUUUUCAAGUCUAUAGUCGAGUUGAGCGCCAGGUCUUUAUGGGGUUUUUCAAAAACCAAAAAUAGUCACUGGACCUAUAAAGGCCUAAAGUGCGUAUGACAGCAAAAAGCAUGUUUAUUUCAUAUUUCACGCAGUGUUUUAUGCUCCUGAAUGAAAUGGACCACUUGGGUGUGUGUGUGACGCCAUCGUUUUAUAUAUUCAAUUUUCGAAUCCCGCGCCAUCAAAAUGAGUGAGGUCUCGGGUUUAGGAUGAGUGCGAAUGUGACGUCACCCGGGUCAGCGUCUCACAAAACAGCAUUGCUUUAUAGCGUGCAGAUGGACUGCAGAUUCAGCUGAAUUUGCAGAUUCAUUCGUUUUUCGCAUCACGCACGCCAGCCAAAUGUGCUGCAGCGUUUUGUUGCUGCACCAGGGAUAGGUGUGUGAGCCUGUUUGGGUUUCAAAAAGUUCCCAUUCACUGCAGAGUCUGACAACUGUGGGAGGAAAUGAGUUAAACAUUGUAUUUUUUAUUAUCUCAAAUAUUGGGAUCAUGGCACACGUUUUAAUACGGAGGUGGCUUGCAUUUUGCGGAUGAUUGUCCACCGAGAAUGCCACUCGGCCGACGACCAGGGGCUUGUUGCCCCCCCAGCACUAUACUCGAGUUAUUGCCCUCUUCGUACGCCCGGUAUUCUGUAAAAUGUUGCACCCCAUGAGAAAUGUUAACUUUGUGUUAAAAAUGGCCACGGAUACAAAGUAAGUACUACAAACUUUGUUUAAAUAAAGGAAUAUUUACUUACGUUUGAUCAUGGAUGGACAUGUAGAAAAGUUCUCCUCAGACACAUCCUGCCUACCCUACACAACAGCUGCACGCCGUCUUCGCCGUGUUUUUAGGCAUUCAUUUACACCAUUUACGUGUGGCAGCGACGCGCUCCUCCGACGUCGGCCGGUUUCCCCGGGGGGUUUCCCGGCUGCUUCCCCGGCUAACGAGCCCUCCCGCGCGCAGCGGGGUAACGAGUCCGUCGAGUUGAACUUGCUCGCCGCCGGGCGGGAUACCGAUCGGCAAAGACGAUCGACAAACCCGCCGCCGUGUGACGUGAUCCGGGGUAGUUUUCUGUGAUUUUUUUUUUUACCUUCAGAAGGCAGAGAAUAAGACCUGGAAACGCGGCUCGGUUCGGGUCGGCGUGUCGACUAGCUGUCGCGCCUCCUGGUUUGUUUACGCUCUCCGAAGCCGGGGCAGGGAAAUGAUAAAAGCCGGACUAACUCCGGUGGCAUAAAAUGUGCAAGAAGUCGACAGUUUUGACCAUUAUGAAGUCAUUUUGCCAUGUCGUCCUGAAUAAAUGUAUUUUGAAUAUUUUAUAUUCCAUGUAGCACAAGACCGUUAUUUUGUCAUGACCAUAACAUUUAUUUAGGAAUUGGGGAAAAUACUUGGAUAAAAAGAAUAUCCUGUAAGAAUAUUGGAGUAGAGUGACUGAAAGAAUGACAUUUUGCGGCUUUCUUUGUCGCAUUUUCCUCGUUCUGAAUAAUUCCCCCUGAAUGGGCUGAAUUCUAAAUCAGAUGACCCUGCCGACAUCAUCCUCCUGUUGGGGACGCUAGAGCCAUAUAAUGGUAGGCGUGGCAAAAAUGCAGAUUAAAAGACUAACUUCUCGUCAUCUGCGCUUUCCCAAUUUGUUGUAUAUAGGUGAAUUGUCUCAAAAUAUGAUUCUAAUUCACAUAAUAAUGCUAUUUAAGACUGUCCUGUCAUAGAAACUUUAAACAUCUAAUUGACUUUCCAGCAGCUUGCCUCGUGACAACAAGUAGGAAGUGAAGUAGAGCAGGAAGCUUGUUUCUCUCAAUUCUUUUUUUUUUUUUUUGGAAGAAACAUUUGACAAAUACAGGAAGUGCAGUUGUUGGAAGUGUAGCAGAAAACGGCGAGAAGUGUCGUACGCCGAACGGGAAGUGCGGCCGGAAGCGGUGGACGCCGAUCAGGAAGCGGUAGACUCUGCGUCGCUCGGCAGGAAGCCUUGUACUCCGAAUAGGAAGACUGCAGACCUGUGGCGGCGGGCCCGUCUCUCCUCCCUUUCUGUCCCGUCCCGUCCGUCUUCGGGAGCGUUCGUAGUGCCGCCGAUGCGCGCGCUGGCUUAGGACGCGCUCUCCCGGUUGCUGCGUUUGGGGACGUAGUCCCAGCUGUCGCGUUUGAACUCGUCUUCCUCCUCUUUCUUCUGCAAGUCGCGCUUGAAGAAACCCGCCUGCGCCGCGAACGUCCGUCAGUGAGACGCUGUUGAAGGGACGGACGGGCGGACGCGGCGAGCGCGCUUUACCUUCCACAAGCACCAAACGAGCACCGCCAAGAUGCUGAGACCCAGGAGCAAACUGACCACAAUGAUGAAGACUUUGAUGGGCGUGGAAGGUUUUUGCGUGAAGUGCGCCUCCACCACCACCUGCGCGCGCACGCGACCUUCAUUUAGUCGUUCUUGUCGAAAUCUCAUUAUUCGAUAUGACAUUAUUUUACGGCGCAAAAGCAGAUGUUUGCAUAUUUUCCGUUUUGAUGUUGGCUUUUUGUUCCUUUAAAACACAAACUAUGAACUCAUUGACCGAUGGUGAGGGCGUCAGACGAUGCAUAGGCGGAGUUUGGCUUUUGGGGCUCAACAUGUUGAUGACCUCGAAACGCAGUGUCUACCAUAAAAUUAACUUACAAGAAUUUUGAAAAGGAGCGUUUUUUUGUUUCCCAUCAUUCUUGAGGGGAAAUGUAAAUCAGGCUGUUUAGGACAGCUAUACUUUUUGCCGAGAUCGUCAUCCGUUGAAUUUGGUACCCCCCGCCGGUGUCGUGCCAAAGUAGUUACCCCCGUCAAAAAUGGUAUCGCCUGGGCGGAGCCACUGCGCUGCACUGAUUUGAUUAAUUUCAGUGUUUUGGUGAUCAUCGUUAUCUGCGAGGUUUUAAAGCAUGGCCCAUCCAUCCAUCCAUCCAUCCAUCCAUCCAUCCAUCCAUCCAUCCAUCCAUCCAUCCAUCCAUCCAUCCAUCCAUCCAUCCAUCCAUCCAUCCAUC